AUGACACCACGACCAAGCUUGCUGGGUGGCUCCUGGGAGGUGGCGCCUCUGGUAGGGACCCCUGAGGGUACCAUCGCCCCAGGGAGGGCCUCUGGUAGCGGCGCUGCCCCUGAGAGGGCCCCUGGGGGCAAAGACAUCUCUGGGGGGUAUCCUCUGGUACCUGCAACCCCUGUGAGUGCCUCUGGGGGUACCAAUGCCCCUUGGAGGGAUCCUAGGGUCGCUGCCGACCCUGGGAUAGCCCCUUGGGUUGCUGCUGCCCCUGGCAGUGCUCCUGGGGUCACCGCCGCAGCAGGGAGGUCCCUUGUGGUAGCCACCACCCCAGGAAGAGCCCCUGGGGUUGCCGCCACCUAUGGGAGGGCUCCUGUGAGUUUCUUCGCCUCUGGAAGGUCCCCUGUGGGUGCACACCCCCCUGGAAGGGCUCCUGUGGACGCCAGACUUGGUAGGGAAAAUGGGAACACCCCAGGGGGCACUCCACCUGUAGGGUCCCUGGUGACAGUUUGUUUGCACAAUUCAGAAAAAUGGGAGAUAUGA